AUGUCGCCGAUAAGGCAGCUUGUGAUUUCGUCCACUUUUCAGUACUUUCACAAAAACAUCAUUGUGCACUUCGACUUGAAAGGUGCUCCACCUAAACUGAAGUAUUUUUUGGACCUUUUAGAGUUUGUUGCAAAAAGUGGCGCUACAGGUAUACUGAUUGAGUGGGAAGAUAUGUUUCCAUGGAAAGGUGCUCUCAAAAGAGUCAGAAAUAGCGACGCCUACACCAUGGAAGAAGUUCAACAGAUUCUUGAAAAAGCAAAAAGCCUUCGUCUCGACGUCAUUCCUUUAGUUCAAACAUUUGGACAUAUGGAGUGGAUUUUGAAAUAUGAAAGAUUCAGAAAAUUUCGGGAAACUGAUGAAUAUCCACAGAUAAAGAAAUUCGUCCAGCCUGAGAUCAAUACAGUUAUUUGCAUUGGAGACAAAAACGCUGUCAAUAUUGUUAAAGAAGCUAUACGACAAGUGGUCCUUGUGCAUAGAUCAUACGGAAUAAAAUACUUCCACAUUGGCACUGAUGAAGCUUUUGAGUACGGUACAUGUAAAGCGUCCAUAGAACAAGCAGCACUACUAGGAUCUCGAGAAAAUUUGGCAAUCAAGCAUUUGGCGACAGUAGCAGCAUAUACGAAGAAGAUUACCAGAGGAGCAAAAAUUCUUGCAUGGCACGAUAUGCUGAAAAAUUUUAAUUUGUACGACGUAAAAAAUGCUGGCCUCGGCUCUCUCGUACAACCAGUGAUUUGGGAUUAUUCUGAGACCUUGGCGACAGUAGAUGGUAGGUAUUAUAUUCAUGCUGCUUCAUUAAGUUACUUUUCACUACGGUCUUUCAAAGAUUUUCUUAUUGAUAACCUCGCCCGAACUUUUGGAACCAUCUGGACGUCCUCAGCGUUUAAAGGAGCAGACUUUCCUACUGCGAAAUACAACAGAAUUACACACUAU